ACGUAUCAACGUUUAGCUGCACACACAAGUGGUGGUAUGAAUUGAACCCAAAGUACAUACGGGGAGCUGAAUGAAAAAGGUGAGAAGGGGAUCCAAUUGAAAACAGUCAGUUUUAUCAUUUAAAAUUUAGUCAGUUUGAAAUCUUUUGAAUCAAACAAGACAACUUGUGUUUGGGGAGCUGUGGAGAUGGAGAUGGAGGUGGAGAAGAAAGAAAUAGGGUUCAAAUACUGGUUUCCAUCUCGUCGGCGCUUCUUUCCCGACUCUCCUUUCUUCGCUUCUGGUAACGUCGAAAGAGAGCUUCUUGCCAAACAGCUCGCUUUAGAUAUAACUGAAGAUGAAAAGCAAGAACUUGCAUACAUAGAAGAUCGAGAGAAAAGGGGAGUGUCUUGCCCUAUUGUUGGUUGUCGCGUGCACAUGAAUUCGUUGGAGGAUUUCGAGGAUCACUACAAAGCACGACACACUGCAUCUUGUUCAGUGUGUUCCAGAGUAUACCCAACAUCACGAUUACUCAGCAUACACGUUUCUGAAGCCCAUGAUUCAUUUUUUCAAGCAAAAGUUGCUCGUGGUCAUGCUAUGUAUGAGUGCCUUGUUGAGGGUUGUGAUGCAAAGCUGAAAAGCUACAAAAGCCGACAACAACAUCUGGUCGACAAGCACAAAUUUCCCACUUCUUUUGAAUUCUUCAAAAAAUCCCUUCCAUCAAAGAAACAAAGGCAGAAGAGCCAUCGUAAACAAGCACCCAAGGUGGAGGCGGCUUCGAGUGCAAUGCAAGUUGAUGAAGAAACCAUGAGUGGACUAGUUUCAGCAGUCUCUAAAUUGAGCACUUCAGAUAGCUCGCCUUCAUCCAUAAGCUUUGGCCGCCGUCACACCCGUGGUCUCACGUUUGUCCCUAGAUCAGUUCAACGGGAUAAGAAAUUGGACUCAGCACCUAAAGAAACACCGCGAUAAAUAUGUUCCCACCAGAAGCAUAGAUCCUCAAAGUUAAGGACGGCCUUGAGGUUUUCAGUAUUGUUAGCUGAAGGUUGGGAGUUGACAGUCAGAGUAUGCGGUCGAGGAACCUCAAAUUAGGUCAGUAAAUUGACGCCAUUUGGUUUUAAUGGCUGGGGCACAAUAUGAGAUGCCAAUUUUGGUUGCAAACAACCUGUAUAUCCUAUAUCGUACCUGGGUGCAGUGAUGAAUUUAGUUUUUACAAUUUAUUAUCUAUUUAAAAAUAUAUUUUUUUGUUAUUAA